UAAAAGGUUUUUUGUAUCAGCUGAUUUUCAAACUUUUUGUUUCUUAAGUUUCUCUUUUUUGAAAUAUUGCUGUUAUAAUUUUGUUAAUCUGAUUAAUGAUUAAAUCUUCUGAAAUUUUCUUUAAUUUAUCGUAUUGUGUUCACUUGUCUUGGGUUCGUGACUGAUUGAGCCAUCAAGGUGAUAAUCACCAAUAUUUUGUCACUAUUGAAAAUCAAAUGACUCUGAUUAUUUAUUAAUCCCUCUCCAUUGAGUUUAAAUCAUUUGCAAUCGUCAACUAUCAUUUGUUUAUAAUUACAACGAUGUCAACCUCUUUUAAGUCCUUGACAAUACCGAAUCAGGGGACGAGUACAACUUCUAAUACAUCUACAACAGCCGCUAAACCAAGUACAAGUGUAUCAACCUGUACUGAAUGUAAAAAGAAGUUCAUUGAAUCGUUUUUAAAGACAAAUUUUGAUUACAAUGUUUGCAAUGCAUGCAGAGAUCCUAAGGAUAAACAUAGUUUGAUCACUCGAACAGAGGCUAAAAAUGAAUAUCUUCUUAAAGACUGUGAUCUGGAUAAAAGAGAACCACCAUUGCGUUUCAUUGCCAAAAAAAAUCCUAAUCCUUUGGCUCGUGGUGAUAUGAGACUGUAUCUUCACAUUCAAGUGGAGGAAAGAGCAUUAGAGGUUUGGGAAUCUGAGGAAGCCUUGAUUGCUGAGAAGGAAAAAAGAAGUGGCAAGAGAAAGGAUAGACAAAAGAAGGACUAUGACAAAAAAAUGAAGACUUUAAGAAUGGAAGUCAGAAGUAGUCUGUACAAGAGGAAACCAUCGGCUCACAUUCACGAAUAUGGAGAGGAGAAAUACAUAGAGUCCGAAGAUAUGUACGAGAAAACCUGUAAAACAUGUGACCAUGUGGUAUCAUAUGAGAAAAUGUAAAAUUAUUAUGUCAAGUGUUCAAAAAUGACUGCAAUUUGGUAACCAGUGACAAUGAUAAAAUGCAUUUUUCAUGUCUUCGAAUGAAUAUUUCAACUAACUUUCACAUCAUUUUGGUCAUCUAAAUACUAUGCAUGUCUAGCAUACUCAUCUAACUCCAAAGAAACCAUCAUGAAACUCACUCUCUACUUAAACGUUACAUCGUCUAUUUUAAUUUCAUCGUAUUCAUAACACUUUUUUGUAAAAUGUUGUCUUUUCCAAACUUUACCGGCUGCUAAAGCAUUUAUUGAAAUGCUUUAUGCUAUUAAAAUGUUGUUUUAAUUCUCAGA